UUGCUCAGUCCUCUUUUCCUUGCUGUGGAGCUCCCCACAGCUCCCCACCAUCACUCCUCCCAUUCCUUCCAAUUUUAUUUUUAGCUGCCAGUGGGAGGGGGCAGGAUGGGAGGGAAAGUAAAGAAAACAGAAAAAGAGAGUGACAGAGGCACAGAGGACCUCUCUUACAGGACAGAGAACGAUCAGGCAUGGAGCUCCCAUUCAUGCCUCACUUGUUCUUGCUCCUGAUGUUCCUGACAGAACUCUGCUCCCCCUUCAACCUGGAUGUGCAUCGUCCACGCCUAUUCCCAGGGCCACCUGAGACUGAAUUUGGAUACAGCGUCUUACAACAUGUUGGGGGUGGACAGCGAUGGAUGCUGGUGGGUGCCCCAUGGGAUGGGCCUUCAGGCGACCGGAGGGGGGACGUUUACCGCUGCCCUGUAGGGGGGCCCAACAAUGCCCCAUGUGCCAAGGGCCACUUGGGAGACUAUCAACUGGGAAAUUCAUCUCGUCCUGCUGUGAAUAUGCACCUGGGGAUGUCUCUGCUAGAGACAGAUGGUGAUGGGGGAUUCAUGGCCUGUGCCCCUCUCUGGUCUCGUGCUUGUGGCAGCUCCGUCUUCAGUUCUGGGAUAUGUGCACAUGUGGAUGCUUCAUUCCAGCCACAGGGAAGCCUGGCACCCACUGCCCAACGCUGCCCCACAUACAUGGAUGUUGUCAUCGUCUUAGAUGGCUCCAACAGCAUCUACCCCUGGUCUGAAGUUCAGACUUUCCUGCGAAGACUGGUAGGGAGACUGUUUAUUGAUCCAGAACAGAUACAGGUGGGAUUGGUGCAGUACGGGGAGAGCCCUGUACAUGAGUGGUCCCUAGGAGAUUUCCGAACAAAGGAGGAAGUGGUGAGAGCGGCAAGGAACCUCAGUCGGCGGGAGGGCCGAGAAACAAAGACUGCCCAAGCAAUAAUGGUGGCCUGCACAGAAGGAUUCAGCCAGUCCCGUGGGGGCCGACCGGAGGCUGCCAGGCUCCUGGUGGUUGUCACUGAUGGAGAAUCACAUGAUGGAGAGGAUCUUCCCACAGCACUAAAGGCCUGCGAGUCUGGAAGAGUGACACGCUAUGGGAUUGCAGUCCUUGGUCACUAUCUCCGGAGGCAGCGAGAUCCCAGCUCUUUCCUCCGGGAAAUUAGAGCUAUUGCCAGUGAUCCAGAUGAGCGAUUCUUCUUCAACGUCACAGAUGAGGCUGCGCUGACUGACAUUGUAGAUGCAUUAGGAGACCGAAUUUUUGGUCUUGAAGGGUCCCAUGGAGAAAAUGAAAGCUCUUUUGGAUUGGAAAUGUCUCAGAUUGGUUUCUCCACUCAUCGGCUAAAGGAUGGGAUUCUCUUUGGGAUGGUGGGAGCUUAUGACUGGGGGGGCUCAGUACUGUGGCUUGGAGAAGGUCACCGUCUUUUCCCACCACGGACCGCCCUGGAAGAUGAAUUUCCUCCUGCAUUGCAGAACCAUGCAGCCUACCUAGGUUAUUCUGUUUCCUCCAUGCUUUUGCGGGGUGGACGCCGCCUCUUCCUCUCAGGGGCUCCUAGGUUUAGACAUCGAGGAAAAGUCAUCGCUUUCCAGCUUAAGAAAGAUGGGGCUGUGAGGGUCGCCCAGAGCCUCCAGGGGGAGCAGAUUGGCUCAUACUUUGGCAGUGAGCUCUGCCCAUUGGAUACGGACAGGGAUGGAACAACUGAUGUCUUACUUGUGGCUGCCCCCAUGUUCCUGGGACCCCAGAACAAGGAGACAGGACGUGUUUACGUGUAUCUAGUGGCCCAGCAGUCCUUGCUGACGCUCCAAGGAAUUCUUCAACCAGAACCGCCCCAGGAUGCUCGGUUUGGCUUUGCCAUGGGUGCUCUUCCUGAUCUGAACCAAGAUGGUUUUGCUGAUGUAGCUGUGGGGGCACCCCUGGAGGAUGGGCACCGGGGAGCACUGUACCUGUAUCAUGGAACCCAGAGUGGAGUCAGGCCCCAUCCUGCCCAGCGAAUCGCGGCUAUCUCCAUGCCGCAGACCCUCAGCUACUUUGGCCGAAGUGUAGAUGGCCGCCUAGAUCUGGAUGGAGAUGAUCUGGUAGACGUGGCCGUGGGAUCCCAGGGGGCAGCCAUCUUGCUCAGCUCCCGGCCCAUUGUCCGCCUGACCCCAUCACUGGAUGUGACCCCACCAGCCAUCAGUGUGGUUCAGAGGGACUGCAGACGGCGGGGCCAGGAGGCAGUCUGCCUGACUGCAAACCUUUGCUUCCAAGUGACCUCCCGCACACCUGGCCGCUGGGAUCGCCGAUUCCAUGUGCAGUUCAUGGCCUCACUGGACGAGUGGACAGCUGGGGCACGGGCAGCAUUCGAUGGCUCUGGUCAGAGGCUGUCCCCUCGGCGGCUCCAGCUCAGUGUGGGAAAUGUCACUUGUGAACAGCUGCACUUCCAUGUGCUGGAUACAUCAGAUUACCUCCGGCCAGUGGCCUUGACAGUGACCUUUGCCUUGGACAACACCACAAAGCCAGGACCUGUGCUGGAUGAGGGCUCAGCCACUUCCCUACGAAAGCUGGUCCCAUUCUCCAAAGAUUGUGGCUCUGACAAUGAAUGUGUCACUGACCUCGUACUUCAAGCUAAUAUGGACAUCAGAGGCUCCAGGAAGGCCCCAUUCGUGGUUCGAGGUGGCCGGAGGAAAGUGCUGGUAUCAGCAACUCUGGGGAACAGGAAGGAAAAUGCCUACAACACUAGCCUGAGCCUCAGCUUCUCUAGAAACCUCCACCUGGCCAGUCUCAUUCCUCAGAGGGAAAGCACAGUGAAGGUGGAAUGCGCAGCCCCUUCCCCUCAUGCCCGGCUCUGCAGCGUGGGGCAUCCUGUCUUCCAGGCUGGAGCCAAGGUGACCUUUCUGCUCGAGUUUGAGUUUAGCUGCUCCUCCCUCCUCAGUCAGGUCUUCAUGAGGUUGACCGCCACCAGCAAUAGCCUGGAGAGAAAUGAGACCCUUCACGAUAACACAGCACAGACCUCAGCCUACAUCCAGUAUGAGCCUCACCUCCUGUUUUCUAGUGAGUCCACUCUGCACCGCUAUGAGGUUCACCCAUAUGGGACCCUCCCUAUGGGUCCUGGACCUGAGUUCAAAAUCACUCUUAGGGUUCAGAACCUUGGCUGCUAUGCAGUCAGUGGCCUCAUCAUCUCAGCUUUCCUUCCAGCUGUGGCCUACGGGGGCAAUUACUUCCUGUCACUGUCUCAAGUCAUCACUGACAAUGCCAGUUGUGCAGUGCAGAACCUGACUGACCCCCCAGGGUCCCCUGUACAUCCAGAGGAGCUUCAGCACACAAACAGACUGAAUGGGAGCAAUACUCGGUGUCAGGUCGUGAGAUGCCACCUUGGGCAGUUGGCAAAGGGGACUGAGAUCUCUGUUGGACUUUUGAGGCUGGUUCAUAAUGAAUUCUUCCGGCGGGCCAAGUUCAAGUCCCUGACGGUAGUCAGCACCUUCGAGCUAGGAACUGAGGAGGGCAGUGUCCUACAGCUGACAGAAGCCUCCCGCUGGAGUGAGAGCCUCCUGGAGGUGAUUCAGGCCCGUCCUAUUCUCAUCUCCCUGUGGAUCCUUAUUGGCAGUGUCCUGGGUGGGCUGCUCCUGCUUGCUCUCCUUGUCUUCUGCCUGUGGAAGCUUGGCUUCUUUGCUCGUAAGAAAGUCCCUGAAGAAGAAAAAAGAGACGUUGGAGCAAUGAAUGUAGAAUAAGGUUCUAGAAUGUCCUCCCUGGCAGCUUCUUCAAGAGACUCACAUACAAGUGGAGGUUUGGGGAUUCACAUAGGACAAGAAGAAGCCUUUGGACUGUCUCCCUAGACUAACUUGACUUUCGAGUCCUAGGGAUGCUGCUGGUGAAAGAUGACGCUGUACCUCAGAUGACAAGGGCUGGCACCAAAACCAGCAACACUCCCCACUCUGUGCUUCCCUCCUUUUCAUGAUCUUUGUUCCAUAGCCAACAUUGGUGACUUUAUUUGCCUAGGUCCCUGACUCUUUUCAGAUUCCCUCCUUGCCCUUCCUCACAAUUUGGAAGGGAGUAAGGGUUAUCCUCCUCUGUUCCCCUGCCCUCUCCCUUCCUGCCUGCUCCCUACUCCACAGGAGGGAGCUGACGUUGGCUUGAAAGAAGUAAAGUCAACAUCUGCUGCUUUCCUGUGGAGUCUGGUGAUUCACGGAGCCGGACUGAGAGAGUCAACAGGAAAAAAGGAGGGAGGAGGAAAAGCCACAAGAGACAUUCUGUACAAUUCCAAGGAACAGAGAAGCCUUUAGACAGGCAACUGCCAUCCCCCCUGAAAUCUGAGCCUUGGUGGUGCCCUAACCCGCCCUCAGGUGCUGGUGAAAGAGCUGCCCCCAGGCUUCUUGGGUAUGGGCUUCUCAACCCACAGGCUUCUCUGGGAGCAAAGCCAGGGCCUGGUGCCUGAUUUCCUAGAGCCAGAGGCCCCCAGGUGGCCAGAGCUGGAACAGCAGAGAAGACUGGUUACCUUAGGCAAUGUUUUCUCCAUUUCUCUCAAGCCUUACUCACUCUUGAGCCCUCCUUAGGGACUCUUUAUAGAAACAGAGAAGACUACUGCUUGAUGGUGGGAUACCCCUCCACCUUCCAGCCUGAGGAAACAGCAGCCCCAUGGGAUCUGAAUGAGUGGGGUCUGCAUUAAGAAGCCAAAGUGGUGGUGUGUUGUCUCUGGGGAACAAGACCUUACUUGCUCAGCACUGGUUUUAUAGCACAAAUAACUCCUAGGAAAAUGUUUCUGGGGCCACCCUAGUCAUAUUUUGUAGGAUUUCUCUAGUGGAAUCAGUUUUCCAGUUCUUGCUUGAUGCUUACUAGAAAUCCCCAAGUUAAUUUCUAUCUUUGAGUCACAUCCCACACUCCUAUAUUUUGAUCAUGUCCAGUAAAGGCAACUGGAUUCUCAGAGACAGCUGUGUAACUUAUAUUUCCUUGUAAUCAAGACUUUGUAUACCAAGUCAGUUACUGGUCUCCAGAGAGCAGCUCUGACAGCCACCUGAAGAACGGCACGGUGCCCAUUUAGAGCUGAGAAAAAGAGAUACCUAAUUGGGCAGUUGACUAGCAGCCACAAAACCUGUCUACCCAGGCUGUUCUUGCGACUUGGCCACAAUGCUUAUUUUGGCAUGUUUUGGCCUUCUGCAGGGGGCCACCCUCAUGGGCAUUGUCUCUGUCUCCCAGCAGGGUGGACAGUGUAUCAGAUGGUUAGGACAAAUAAAGUUCAGUGUCAAGUGCCAAGUGAA